AUGUACUUCUAUUCAAAACAAUUUACCGGCACAUGCCUGCAUAACACUCUUUCUCUUUUAUUUCCCUAUCUAUCUAUCUAUCUAUCUAUCUAUCUAUCUAUCUAUCUAUCUAUCUGCAUGUAUGUAUGUAUGUAUGUAUAUUCUCCGCUAUCUAUCUAUCUAUCUAUCUAUCUGUUCUCGGCUCUGUCAAUCUAUCUAUCUAUCUAUCUAUCUAUCUAUCUAUCUAUCUAUCUAUCUAUCUAUCUAUCUCAUGUUUUUCUCUGUGCAUCUAUUUCAGUUAUAUUAACGCUUAAGAUUCUAUCUAUCUAUCUAUCUCUUUCAUUUUUCUAUUAUAUCUAUCUAUCUAUCUAUCUAUCUAUCUAUCUAUCUAUCUCAUUUUUUCUCUGUGCAUCUAUUUCAGUUAUAUUAACGCUUAAGAUUCUAUCUAUCUAUCUAUCUAUCUAUCUCUUUCAUUUUUCUGUGUGCAUCUAUUUCAUUAUAUUAAAGCUUAAGAUUAUAUCUGUCUGUCUAUCUAUCUAUCUAUCUAUCUAUCUAUGCGUGCAUACAUUCAAACGGCUCACAAACACUAACAUACUCAUGAAAACGAAUACAAACAUGAAGUUGUUGGAGAAGAACCGCUUCCAAGAAUUUCGGUGCCAUCACCGACACCGUAACGUCACUGACAUCGAAGACAUCAAAUCAGGAGGCGGCAUUAGCGGCGAUGAGAGCGCUAGUGAAGGCAUGAAACAUUUCUUUGGGCAUCGCCCAUUUAUCCCCAUUACUGGAUUCCUGGAAAAAUCCGCCGCCUUCCCCCGGCUGUGGACAUGA